AUGAAGCACCGUGGAAUGGGCCAGAUAUGCAAGACUGACAGGGAGAAGGACUUCCCAAUUGAGGUCUUCCGCUCAGGGAUCGCUAUUGAGUCCUCACAGUGUGAGGACUUGGGCUUUGGAGUUUAUCGCCCAGCGAGCCGCGGCCGGCAGACUCCAACAGCAGCCCUGGACAGUGCCCUCAACAGCUUCUUUGCCCAGUCGGCCCUUGCUCAACUGCUGCACAGGCGCAUAUCCAUCAGUCCUUUCCUGGAUGCAAUUGCAGCGCACACUUCCCAGGAGGAGCUUGUCCUGCCCUGCUUAUCCCACGCUCUGAACGACCCGCAGCAGUUCUUGGCAGAUUUCUCGCCGAAGCUGAGCUCCCUUCUGCAACUGCGGAGUCUUAAGCUCGAUUUUGGUUGGCGGAGUAUCUAUGCCAACAGCAACAUCUCCAGCUUGACCUCCGUUGCGGAUAUAGGCUCAGGGAUCAGGCCACUGCAACAGCUCGAAGACCUUGCCCUUCGGCUGAGUGGCUGCAAGAAUCUCAAGAGCUUGGAUGGCUUGGACACUGCUUUGGCCCAGUUGACGAGCCUCAAGAGCUUAGAGCUCCAAUUUGAAGCCUGUGAAAGGCUGCAAAGCUUCAGCGAGCUUGGCAAGUCGCUGGGGCUUUUGGUCAACUUAACGUCGCUGGAGUGCUCUCUCGGUGGAUGUCGGAAACUGGUUGAUGCGGAUGUGCGAGACCUGGGCAAAGGUAUUCGCAAUCUGAGCAAACUCAACCGGUUGAAGGUGGACCUUUCCGGUGCCAAACAUAUCUUCUAUAUGACCGAGCUGGGGCGGAGUGUUCGCUUCCUUCGUGACCUGAAGCACCUGGAGCUAGAUGUCUCCCUUUGCACAAACCUUUGCGAUGUUUCAACCCUUGGCAACAGUUUGCGGAUGCUGCUUAUGGAAACGCAAAACUUUCAGCCACACUCCGGAUCUGUGUUUGCGCUGAAGCUAGACAAGUCUGGUGUGCGCAUCAAUCGGGAGAAGGUCAGCGGCUAUGAUGAUCCUGCAAUCUUCGUGAAGUCCCUGGGGGUGAGGGCCUUAUGCGAUCCAGAUGAAGCUGAUUUGCGACCCCCAUCGCCGAAGGGCCGUCAGGCAGUGUGGCUCACCCAUCUGGAGGAACAGGAUAUCAAGCGCAGCUAUCAAGUGCCAAUGGGCUGCCAGGGGCUUUUCAAAGGUUGUCCACGCCUUUACUGA